AUGCGUGUCUUGCAAGCAAAAUUCACUGGGGCCAGUACAAGCUGCAGCAAAGCCUUUGGAACUAGAACUGUGGUGACAAUUGAUGAUGACAGCGAUGAUGGUGGCACUACUGAGUCCGAGGCUAGUACUCUAGAGCAAGAGGAUACGGAUAACAUCGGUGACAUGCAUGAGGGUCCCGAUGGGAAUGACAAUUAUGACCACGAUGGGGAUGUUCCUUUCGACGAUUAUACAGAAAAGCAAAGCGGCUCGGAUAUUAGACAAGAGCAAGACACAAGAGCUUGGUCUUCGGUAAAUGGGAUUCUCGUCUCCAUUAUGAUUGUCCUGGGCAAGCAAGGCCCCGACUGUUGUGUUUGUUGCAGCCAAAUAAAGUUUAAGCGGAAGUCCCGGAAUGGGUGCUCUGGUGGGAAGCCUGGUGAUUAUUUGCUACAAUUGCUGGUAAGCCUCCUGGCACUCCUUGCUCCACUUGUAUGGCUUACCCUUCUUGAGUAA